CCCGCCCCGCCCCGCCCCGCCCCGCCCCGGGAAGGCCGGGAGCGGCGGGGAGCAGCGGCCGCCAUGCUGUGCGGGGGCGCCUCCGCGGCCCGGCCCGCCACUCAGGAGACGCAGCAGAUGGCGGAUGAGGUGAAACCUCAGCUAGAAGAAAAAGAAGGGAAAACCUUUGAUGUCUUCACUGCAGUGGAGUUUAAAACUCAGGUGGUUGCCGGAACAAACUACUUCAUCAAGGUCCAUGUUGGCAACGAUGAGUUCAUGCACCUGCGGGUGUUCAGAAGCCUGCCUCAUGAGAAUAAGCCGCUGAGUCUCCACAGUUACCAGAGCAGCAAGACCAGGCACGAUGAUCUGGCUUAUUUUUAGCAAGCUUAUCUUGUGCGUUUUCCUAACGGUUUCUUAUGUGCAUUUUCUAUAGGCAGCAAAAUAUUGAGUCCUGUGCCAAGAAAGGAGAAAAGCAAGUGUCUUUUUUUCCAGCAUUAAGUUUAAAAAAAAAAAUCAAUUUCUUCUGUGGCUUUCCCUUCCUGUGCAGCAUCUAAAUUUGAGUUGCGCAGCUCUCCUUUCACCUGCACUAAUGCAAACCCAAGCAGCUCUGCUGACUUCGGUGCAACUUAACUGGAAUGCUUGGCUGAGUCCUGUUUGUGGGCUUCCUUGGUCUGGAAACUGAAAGGGUAGUGACACUGGCACUUCUGCAUUUCCAGCAAGGAGCAAGAGGAAAACCUGAAUCUUUGCUGUGCUGUUUUGCAACUGUGACUAGAUCUGUAGAUUUAAAUUGUACUGUGCAUUUUAUUGGCAAAGACCUAAAGAGAGACUUGAGCUGAAGCAGUUCUGAAAGCAAGAGAAAGAGGAUUAUAAUCUUUUGAAACAAACAUUCCCUUGGUAGUCGUGUCUGUCCUCUUGCAGCAGUAGGAUAUCAUGUCCAGUAGAGGCUGUAUGAAUUUAAAAAAAAACCAAAACCAAACACCACCACCAGCUUGCUUACUUUCUCAGUCCUAAGGAAAAGUCAUGGAAAGGAACUUAAGCUGGACAUGCAUUUCUGCAUUUAUAACAAAUAAAUAUUUCUCUUGACUUGA